AUAUCCACUCUCUAUAAUGUUGUCUCUGAAUUUGAUAAACACAAUAUUCCACUUGAAACAAUCUGGAAUGAUUUGGAUUACAUGGAAGGAUGUAAAGAUUUUACGUGGAACCCUAUAAAUUAUCCGCGUGUAGAAGUUGCAGAAUUUGUAAAUAAGUUGCAUGAGAAUAACCAACAUUAUGUGGUCAUAGUUGAUCCUGGUAUAAAAAUUGAGAAUGGAUAUUGGGCAUAUGAAGAAGGUGUUAAGAGAGGCAUUUUUAUUAAAAAUGCAAAGGGAGAAAAUAUAGUUGGUCAAGUCUGGCCUGGAUUGACUUAUUAUCCUGAUUGGUUUAACAAAGACACUGAAAGAUAUUGGGGGGAUGCUAUCGAGAAGUGGUUAUACAACGUUGAUAUUGACGGAUUAUGGAUUGAUAUGAAUGAACCAGCAAGUUGGUGCAAAG